AGUCUCUUCAGUGCGCUCAUUUGGUGAAGAGCAUCAAAAACAGUUAGCCAAGUGAUUUAUUCAGGGAAACACGAUUAAAAAUGGCGAAACCAGUUUUGUACUAUGCUACACUCAGCCCACCAUCGCGUGCUGUUUUAUUGACAGCCAAUUUGCUUGGCCUCGAUUUGGAAUUACGUCCAGUUAAUCUACUGAAAGGCGAACAACUAACAGACGAUUUCAUUAAAAUGAAUCCACAACAUACCAUUCCCACUAUGAUAGAUGCAGAUGGCGCAGUGGUAUAUGAUUCUCAUGCCAUUUGUGGUUACUUGGUGGACAAGUAUGGGGAGGAUGACAAAUUGUACCCAAAGGAUCUGGUAAAACGUGCACAAGUGAAUGCACGUCUACAUUUUGAUUCUGGACAUUUAUUUGCACGUUUGCGUUUUCUUUAUGAGCCGAUUCUAUACUCCGGUUCAACCGAUUGCUCCAUGGAUAAAAUCGCCUAUAUUCAGAAGACGUAUGAAAUCAUGGAGGAAAUGUUAAAGGAACACCCAUAUGUGUGUGGUGAGGAUUUGACAAUUGCCGAUCUCUGUUGUGUGGCAACGAUAACUUCUGUUGACGAAGUCGCCCCUAUUGACGAGUUCAAGUUUCCCAAAUUGUUAGCUUGGAUGAAACGUUUAUCGGAACUACCAAAUUACCAAAAAAUCAAUCAAGAAGGUGCUGAUGAACUAAAGAAAGUCUUUAAAGAAAUUUUAACCAACAAUCGCACAAAACAAAAGUAAUUACGGCUCUUGGAAUUAUAUCGCUUUAAUUACUGUUAUUUUUUCGAAACUCAAAAUCGUUUCAUAACAUGAUAUAAGAUUAGUUUUAGAGUAACAGAUUAAUACUUGUACAAUAAAUUGUGAAAUGUUGAAGCUUAAA